AACAAUUUUGCGACAGCUCUGUUUGCGGCACACGUGUUUCGUCUAGUUCUGUCUGGUGGUAGUGUUAUCGCAAGCAUGGCUAAUCGUUCUAAGAAGAAGGCAAAAAAAGAACGCAAAAAGAGCGCCGCGUCGAAAUCUAAUGUGAUUUUUGAUGACGAAGAUGACAGAGACUUAAAAGAAGGAGAUGAAAAUAUUAUUAGCGAAGAGGAGGAGGAAGGCGACGGAGAUGAACGCAAACGCCAAAAGCUUCUGGAGGCCAUCAGUGCUCUCGGGGGUAAGAGGAAGAAAAAGUUUGGAGAGCGAUCGGAGGCGGCUGUCCAAAUGUCCGAGUUUACGGUUAACGCGCAGGGGAAUGAUGACAAAAUUGACCUGUCUGAUCUCCUCGGGACCAUGGAGAAGACCCCCGCUGUUUCAACCAAGACCAAGAAGCAGCUGAAAAACCUGCAGCAGGGGAAAAUGACCAUUGAGUCCCCUAUCAGCAAGCAGGCAAGUGAGAGGAUCCAGAGGAAUUUGGCUUUUCAAAAGGCAGCUGCAGACGUGUCCCGCUGGAGUGGCAUCAUCAGACAGAACCGGAAAGCGGAACAGCUGAUCUUCCCCCUGAACCAAGAGCCCUCUGGCCCCAAGACCAUGGAAAAAAUAGUUACUGGCUGGAAAGCACAAACCCCACUUGAGCAGGAAGUCUUUGCCCUUUUGUCUGCCAACAACCAACCUAUUAAUGAUCCCAUUCUGACCCCUGCAGAGGAGGCCUCCCUCAAGGCCAUGAGCCUGGCAGAGGCAAAGAUCCGUCGAGCAGAGCUGCAGAAAGCCAGGGCUCUGCAAUCAUACUACGAGGCUAAGGCCAGGAGGGAGAGGAAGAUCAAGAGCAAGAAAUACCAUAAGGUGCACAACAAAAACAAAGGUAAAGAGUUCCUAAAGCAGUUUGAAGAGAUGGUAAAGACAAAUCCCGCCGGUGCUUUAGAAGAGCUGAAUAAGAUGGAGCUGGCCAGGAUGCAGGAGAGAAUGUCACUGAAGCAUCAGAACAGUGGCAAGUGGGCAAAGUCCAAAGCAAUAAUGGCUAAAUAUGAUGAAGGCGCUCGCAAAGCCAUGCAGCAGCAGCUGGAGCUAAACAAAGAGCUCACUCAUAAGCUGACAACAUCCUUACAUAAGGAUGAAGAGGAGGAAAAGGAUGCUGCUGAAGAAGAGGUAAUGCCUUCUUUUGUGAAUGAUGCAGAGCAGGUGCUAGAUCCUUCAAAUCCCUGGAUGAGAGGGAAGCUGUCUGAAGAUCUCGCACACGAUGAAAAUGUGGUUGUGAAUGUUCCUUCUGUGGUGGCUGCCGCACCAGAAAAUACAGCUGAAGAGGAGGAUGAGAUUGUGGAAACUGAAGAGGAAACGCUGCUCAGAGAAUUCAAUAGCAGAAGGAAACUGCGUCAGGGUGAAAACCCUGACACAGGACUAGUGAUGUCUGUGGAUGACAAGGAAGAGGAUCAUGAGGCUGCAGCAGAUGCUUCAGAACUAGAAGAGCAGGAACUCUCAGAGUUCACAAACAUUUUAAAAGGAUUAGCACACAACCAGUGCGAUGCUGAUGCCGAAGCGAGUGCCGGCAACUGUGACACUCAGUUGGACAAACCUCACGACGAUUUGGAGCUCCUCGAUCAGGAGACAGUCACAGAUGAAGCACCUGUUCAGCCACACUCUGCCCCAUCCACAAAUAAUCCACAGCCCAGUACUGAGAAGGAGGGUAAGAAAAGAAAAAGGAAGAGAGGAAUCGAGAUAACUAAAGUUCUCACCAAAGAGACAAAUCCCAUCCAAGUACCACUUAUUCCGACUGUUCAGGAGACUGAGGACACGGAUGAGAAAAUGGACCAGAGGUGUCUUAUUAAAGAGGCUUUUGCUGGAGAUGAUGUUGUCUCAGAUUUCCUGAGAGACAAGAAGAAGCAGGAAGAAGAGGGGAAGCCUAAAGUGGUAGACCUGUUGCUGCCUGGGUGGGGGGAAUGGGGAGGGAUAGGGCUCAAGCCAUCACGCCACAAAAGGAAGAGAUUUAGAAUCAAGACUGCGCCGCCCCCGCCCAGAAAAGACCAGCACCUGCCCACCGUCAUCAUCUCGGAGAAGAGGAACCGCUCCAUGAGUUCCCACCAGGUGAACUGUCUGCCCUCUCCCUUCGAGAACCACUUGCAGUUUGAGAGCACCAUGCGCUCUCCACUGGGCCGCACCUGGAACACAGAACGCACAAUUAAAAAGCUGACUAAGCCCAAAGUGGUCACCCGGCUGGGUGCCAUCAUUGAGCCCAUGGCUCAGGAGGAGCUGAUGAAAGACCAGAAGGCUGAGAGUGAAAGUAGUGUGGCCUCGGGUAAAAAACGUAGGAAAAAUAAUGCAAAGUAGCAUCUGGAUGGAAUGAUUGAGUUAAAAGAAUAUCUUGUAGUGAGCGUAAUUUCUUUAAGUCAACAAAUACAUUUUUUUGUCAUUGCUAAUGUUUGAUAUUAAAUGUGUUAAAUAAAAUUCAUAAAGUCUA